AUGAGUUAUGAUGAUAUUUUUGUCCAAUAUUAUUAUCAAAUAACUCAUGGUUGCGAGUCUGUCAACUGCAAGAAUCCAUAUUGCAUGUCAUGCUCUUCUUUUCAUCAUCCAGAAAAUCCAACAUUAUUAGCAGUCAAUUUAGCCGAAAAUCAUUUCAGCAAAGAUAACUUAUGCAGCUCCUUAUCAUAUUUAAUCACCGAACCUCGUAUUAUGCUGCCAUUAGCACGUGCACAAGGCUUUUUCAACCAAUAUAUCACUGACCAAAAGAUUUCAGAUGAAAAUGCUCAAGGAUUAGAAUCAGUUCUUUCAGACGAUAAAGCGUUUCCAUACAUAUUUUUAUCAGAUGAUUCAGAAUUAGAACAAGAUGAUUUACUUAUUAGCGAUUCAUUAAUCGUUUCAUUUAUCAAGAUGCAUCAAAGGCAGCCGAACUAUUUCAUCGAAUACGAAUCCAAAUUCACUCCAGUUUUGAAGAAAAUUCUUCUUGAUAAAUCCGACACAUUAAGGAAUGUUCGUGCUCACAUCAUGCUCUUUUUAUUCCCAGAACUUAUUUCCAACAGUAUCGCCGACAUUUCUCGUUCAAUUGCCGAGUUUUCUACAGAAAAAUUAAAUGUCUUCAUAGAAUCCAUGAUUCGCAUUCCAAACAUGUUCAAACACAUGGUCGAACUUACAAAAUCCGCUUUGGACAUCGCCUGCGACCAAAAAGUGAAGCCUCAUUCGGCCAUAUUACAUUCCUUGACAUCUUUCAUUGAAAUCCUUGCCUACGUCAAUUCCCAGUUACCUAUGCAGCUUACACAGUCCAAGUUCUUCUCAGAAAAGCUAUGUUCCAUCAUAUCCCCUGAAAUGGAAUUUCAACUCAUCAAAGAUGGCAAUUUCUCAUAUCUCAGUACACCAUCUGUCCUUACACACAUAUUCCGUGCAAACUUGAUCUCAAAAGAAACCGCUUUCAUGAACUUUUUGAAUAAUAACCGUAAACGAACAAUUUCAAUCAGAAGAUCACAUGUUCUUGAAGAUGCACUUAACAGUUUCUCCAAACUAUCACAGCACGAGCUCCAUGAACAGAUAUCCAUCCAAUUUGAAGGCGAAAAAGGUGUCGAUGACGGUGGUGUUUUUAAAGAAUUAGUUUAUAUUUUGACGAACGAAUUAAUCAAGCCCGAUUUGAAGUUGUUCCAAGAAACAAAAACAGGAUAUUGGUUUGUCCCUGGCGGUGACCAGAAGCUCCUCAAAUUGUUCGGUAUCAUUGUUGGUUUGGCCAUUACAAAUCAAUUGAUUUUACCUGUCAGAUUUCCAAAGAUUUUCUAUAAGAAAUUCGCUAGAACACAGGUAACAAUCAAUGAUUUCGAACAAUACGAUCCUUCAAUUGCUCAGUCCUUCAAAAUGCUAAGAAACAUCGCGAAAAGCGGCGGCGAUGUAAAAGAUGCAGAAAUUAAUUUCGUUUUUACAAAAAGUGACAAAGGAGAAGUUGAAUUAAAAGAAGGUGGCAGCAACAUUGUUGUUGACAAUGAUUCUGUUGAAGAGUACAUCAGAUUGUACAUUGAUUAUGUUGCUAAUAAGAGCAUUGAAAAGGAAUUUGAAGCUUUCUUUAGUGGUUAUAAUGAUGUGUGCGACAUUCCAAUUGUUUCUUUGCUUUCUAGCCGUGAUUUGGAACUUUGCGUGUCAGGAGAAGAGACAUACAACUGGAUUGAGUUACAGCAAUCUGCUGGCUACAAUGGUUACGAUAAAUCUUCUAAAUCUGUCCAGUAUUUGUGGGAAAUUUUCAUGAAAAUGGACGAAACAAAGAAGAAAGCUUUCUUGAGAUUUGUGACUGGUUCUGACCGCGCUCCAAUGGGCGGAUUGAAGAAAGUAAUCAUUUAUAUCCAUUAUUCAGGGGAUACAAAUCUACUACCAACAGCACACACAUGCAAAUCAAUUCUCGUGCUUCCUGACUACCAAGAUAAAGAGAAAUUAGAAAAAGCUAUGAACAUUUGCAUCGAAAAUGCUGAGGGUCUAUUUUUGAUUUAA